AUGUUUUCAGCCUUAACAUAUCAUUCAACAGACUAUUUAUAUGAGAGCAUUGCAAGACAGAAGUUUUCCAUCAGGAGAUUUUCACUUUGCCUUCCUCCCUCUUUACACCAAAAUGGGAAAAACCAUCUCAAUGGACUCUUUGCAGAUGAUAAGUAUAGGAAGCCAUGGAUUAGAAUUGCUUCAAUACAGAACACGAUCACUAUUUCAGUGUUAGAUCAAUGGAAGAAAAGUUUAUCUGUGGAGGAUUUCCUGGAAAAGAAACCUGUCUCCUCUGAAGAGCUCUGUACUAGUAACAAAUUAGUAGAAUUUAUUCCAAGUUCCAAUCCCUGCUCUCAGACUGAAGAAAUUUUCACACUUAAAAAGGAUGUUGUUAAGGAAGAAUCCAUUGAAGACAAGUAUUUGAAGAUUGACUAUGCCACUGAAUUUAAAGAACAAUGGCAAGAUUUAUAUAUGGAAGACAAACUUGUUUUUAUUGAUAAUCUUGAAACGUUUCGUAAAAAACUGCCCACUUCAUCUAAACUUCUGAGCAGACUACAUAUCUUUUUAGUAAAAGAUCCCCUUUUAGACUCUAGAGGACAGAACUUAACAGAAGAGAGUCACUUUCUUUACUUGAUGAUCUUUUAAAGGGAAUGUUUGACUUUUCAAAAUGAAAUGGAAAUGGAAAAGAAUAAGGCUGAAUUGCAGGGGAUUGACGAGAAUUUCUGCACAAUACCUAUAAAAGAUGAAGAGUAUUUCAUGUUGCCUCUUGAGUUAGAAUGCUGCAAACGCAGGAAUGCCAGAUCAGAUUCUGUUAAGGUUCCAUCUUACUUGGAACUGAAAGAAGUGUUAAAUUUAGCUCCAGAAACUAUGGCUGAUGAAGACAUGUGCAAAGAGGUGAUCCAAGAAGAUCUCAAAGCAGAAAUUGCAUGCAAAAUAGACAUUUCUAAGUACUGCGCCAAGCCACAAGACAUUACUUCCAGUGACAGCAGAAGUAUGUUGGAAUUCUGUGACUCAGCUAAAUAUGUUCCAUACCUGAAAGGCGAAAUGGAAGUACCGUUAACACCUCCAUGCAGACAACAAAGAUCAUGGGUUAAUUCUGUGUGCACAGGACUUCAAGAAGAACCUAUUUCUCUUUCUGGUAACAGCAUUUUGAUUACAGAAUCCUCUAGGGAAUACCUAGAAUAUUUGGUAUGGCAGUCAGAGAAGUAUCAGGAUAAUAUGAACUCUCUUUUGCUUGUCGAGCGUAAGACUGUUAAACUUGCAUAUCAGCAUCAUUCACUUACAGAGCUGAAGAAAAUGCUACGAGUUGAGCUAGAAGAACCAAUGCUUAGCUCACUAGACGAAGGCUGGUGGCUUCAUUUGGGUUUUAAUCCAGUUUCCAUAGAAUCAUUGGAACAAUUAAAUACAGAUGACAGUAAUGCCAACAAUUUAGUUUCUGCAGAGAUAGAAUUAUUCACACAAGUUCCAUCAGAUCAGUUAGAAAGAUGCCUUGAGGAGAAGAAUUCUCUGACAAACCAGGAGAUGCUUUUUUCUGAGAGCCAUCAGUCAGACAAAGUAAUUGAUCGGAACAUGUCACAGCAGACUCAGUGGCAGCACUUUGCUCUGCCUACAAGUGCUGCAUCAUCUGCCAAAAUUCACAGUGCAGAUGCCUCUGUGGAACAGCUUACUGUAGGAAGCAUAAAAAAGAAUGAGGCAGAAGAGACAAUUUAUUUAUUAAACCAAGAAAAUAAGCCUCCCAAUUUGUCUGAAUCAGUCAGCUGUAAAGAUAUGUCUUCUAAAGAGGAUGGCUGUAAAGUUACAACUAAAGAAGACAACUCCACUUGUCACAAGCCUGCAUCAUUUGAACUUGCUACAAAGUUGAACAAAGAUGAUUCUGACCUGAGCAAUUUUAUCAUGUUGAGAUCUACACAUAAACUCACCCCAAGACAGGAGAAAAAGCAUGUAGAUUGUUCUGAAAAAGGUAUGCAAAGCAUGCCUGAAGAGCAGCAUACGCCUUGUGACAAAGAGGACAGUUCUGUUUGUAAGACUGUAAGAACAGAGGAAAAAGAACAAAAAAAUGAGGACAGUGUCACAGUCGAUAUUCAAGCAUCAGAAAGCCAGUGCCAGGCAUACUGUCUCUUAGAGGAAGCAGCCACUCCUGUUCUAAAAGAGUUGAAACAUCUGGGUGUACUUGCUUCUGUAAACUGGCACUUUGACAGCAUUAAAUUUGACCAUACAAGGUUUUUCUUAAAACAGCAAGAGAAAGUGGUGGGUGAUCUUUUUGAAGAAGGUAAAAUAGAUGAGAAGGAGAUCAUGCUGUUCAGACACGCUGCUCUGGUGCACCUGCUGGUGACAGUUCGAGAUCUUCUGUUAACUUGUGGCUUGGACACAGCACUAGGUUAUUUGUCCAAAGCAAAGGAUAUCUACAAAACCAUCUUGGAAUCCUGUUUGAAUAACAUCUGGAGGCAGCUGAAGAUUGUACAGUGUAGCAGCCAGAAAAAGCAUGAAACAAGUCCCAAAAUAACAGAGCUUCAGUGUCAAAUAUUAAACUGGAAACAAAGUUACGGAGGAGAACACAGUGCUAAGGUAUUAAUCAUAACAAGGAUGGACUCUGAGAGAGAAAAAGAUGUCCUCAUUCACACUUUAUCCACAGUAGGAGGUUUAAAAGUUGUGGAUCUGAAUUCUGAGAAAAAAGGAAACUCUUUAGGUUGUAAAGAUAUCAUGAGCAGCCUCAGUAGGUAUUCUUGUGUUAUUGUACAUAAUCAGCAAAUUGGAGCUGGCUUCCCUUGGACACACUUCUCAUUAGUAAUGGAAUAUGAUUAUUCUGAAAACUCCUGCUGGAGAAACCUGUGCAAAAAUCUGAAUGUUACUUACAUGACAUUUAAAACCACCAUCCCCAAAACAAUGCAAAUGGGAAAUGACUGUGGUUCCUGUCUUCUGGAAGUACAGAUUCCGUAUGUGUUUCUGACAACUGAAGGUCUUAUUAGUAUGGCAGACAUUCUUCAGCUUUUGGAAUCCAAGUACAGCAUUACCUUUAUUGAAAGAUUCAGUAAUUACUCCUUAAGACUCUUUGGAAGUACAAAUCGCUAUGUUGUGCUGACAGUAGAUGAAUGUACUGCUAUCUUUUUGCAGAGUAUGGAAGACCUAAAUUAUGAGAGAUCCUGUGACAAUGUAAUAGCAAAACUGAUGGCAUUAUCCCUCCAAUACACCUGCUGUUGGAUUGUUUUCUAUUCCAAAGAAAGACUGAAUUUAGAGUACUGUCUCAAGGGAGAUAUUCUGCAUAACCUUGUCUUAAUUUAUGCCACUCUAAUUGAACUUACACAGAAGUCAGAAGACUUUGAAGUGAAGGUAGUUCUUACCCCAGGGAUUGAAGAAACAGCACUGGUGAUUCGUCAAAUUGCUGACAGUAUUUUGAUAGCAUCUAAUGUCAGUCCUCAAGACUGGCUGGACAAAUCCUGGAUUUCUGUCUUGCCAUCUGAGACAGAGAAAUGCCUGCUUACUUUCCCAUGUAUCAAUCCAUUGGUUGCUCAGUUGAUGUUAAAGAAGGGAUCUUCACUGAACAAGUUGUUUCUUGCAAGCUUUGAUCAACUUCAGGAACUUCUGCCAGAGGUUCCAAGAAAAGUUUUAAAGCAUUUUAGUGACAUAACUUCUUUGCACAGCUUAAAUGCUGCUGCUCCACUAGAAACGGCAGUGAAAGCAGCUCCUGAAAACCAGCAUAACCUCAAUGCAUUCUAUGCAGAUUAUAAGCAAGAUCAUCAGCCUUCGCAGCUGCUUGGAACACCUCAUAUGAAUUCUGAAGCCGUAAUUCCUCCGUUGAAUCAUCAUCAGAGUUUAUUUGACACUCAUCUUCCAAGCUAUCUACAAAAGAAGUCAUGUUCUUCAGAAGUAAUUAUAAGGAGCAAGCAGAAUUCAUCUGCUCUGCCAAAGGACUGUGAAGAUAUCACUCAUCUAGAUGUUACAAAUUCUCUUUGUGUUCAAAGACAGCCCUUUAGGAUGCAUUAUACCUCUGAUCAUUCUUCAACACACAUUGCCAAAGGUGAUUUCUUUGCAAUUUCCAGUAAUUAUGAACCUCAAGAGUGCUCUAAGAGUUUUCUAGAAGAAUUUAGAGAAACAACAUGUAAGAGCCCAGAAAUUCUGAUGGAGCAGACUCCAUGGAAUGACUCUUCAUCCACAGGCCCAUGUGAUUCAUCUGCAUCCGAUGGUUUUCUCUCCGAUUUCUUUGUUGACCCAGCUGAGCUUCGAAGUCUGAAUUUUCAUCAAACAGAUAGAAAAUCUAAAGGAAAGAGAAGACAAAGUCCACCGUUCCUGUGGACAAAAGGAAAAAACAGAACAGAUUCAGGAUUUGCAGAAAUACCAGAGUUUAAAAAAAAGAAACUGACAUACGAAAGAGUUCCUGGAAGAAGUGAUGGACAAACACGUCUUAAAUUCUUUUGA